ACAAGAACUAGCCGCCGUCGUGCGUGGCUCUGCACCCUAUCCAAGACAGAAUCCUCCAUACCAUGCUCUCCAACCACUCGGCAGUGUCUUCCCUGUCAUUGUGUCAGCGCGUUACUUUACACCCUCCAUGACCUCCCCAGCGCACCUCCGAUCAAUGGCGACGAUGGAAGGCUUUCGUUCGCAACGAGAUCACCUGUUCCCUGAAGAUGCCCUUCGCUCGCGCUACCGGCCACUAGAUUCGUACGAUCCAAGCGUCAUCCGCGCCUCGAUGGCGUCCUCACGAAGCUCCGUCAGCUGGCAAACCCUAGAGGGUUCCGCCUUUCGCCGCAAUUCCAUGUCUUCCAUGACCAGUGAAGAUUCCAGCUUGACUGGUUUCUCCAGGUCUAGCUUCGCGUCAGCUGCAGAUCCACGAGCCUUCAUGUUUGUCACAGCGCCUCGUCCAAUUGCCGGUGUGAGGGACAUGUCGGCUGUCUUCAAAAAGCUUCCUCCGGAGGUCUACGAGCGCAUCCUCGCUCAAUUGAAGGUGCUUCAUUUAGGAACCUCUUCUUCAACUUGCUCAACAUGCUAUCUCAGAGAUUUAUAUAGUCUGUCUCUGACAAGUCGAAUGUGGGAAAGAGCUGCCCGGCAACAAUUGUAUGCCUCCAUAUUCAUUCCCGGUCGGGAUUCGCCCUAUCACACCAAGAAGUUCAAGAUGAAGUAUGGCACACGACUCAAGCUGCUUCGGCGAACUUUGCGAGAAAGAGCAGCUUUAGCACGGAUAGUCCGCGAAAUCGAGCUUCCGAAUCUGAGUUACUUUGCCUGUAUUCUCUCAAAGGAAAAGCCAGAACGGGUCAUGAACCUGGUGGCAUCAGUCGUAAUGGCUUGCCCCAAUCUUGAACGGCUGACAGGGUACUAUCCGCCCUAUGUCCAUGAAUUUGAUCGGUUUCGGCAUGCAUUAUCAACUCGAGCCAAGCUCAAGGAGCAUGUUUGGAUCCUUGGCCAUGACCACUCCAGCAAAGCAUCGGCAAAAGGAUCCCCAGGCGAGUUCCUACAUCCAGAUCAGGCCACGGAGUUUUUACACCUUCAUGACGGAUGGGCUUCUCUCCACACUCUUUUUCUUCACGCCGAAUCCUCCAAUGUACUCGAACAUGACCAUUUUGUUGGCUUGUUCGAUCGCCUGCCCUCAUUGCGACAUCUAGCACUCUCAAAUUUCGAUGCCGGGGAUUUUGGUAAUUUAACGCUCCAGAAUUUGCCACCCUUGCUCUCACUUCGUCUGCAGGAUCUGCAUGGAGUCAGCGACGGAGGGCUGUCACUUUUCGCGGGCUGUCCGAGCUCUUUUUCUCUACGGAGUUUAUCUUUAAUCAACAUUGAAGUCAUGUCCUUGUCUGUCAUUUCGAAGCUGUUCGCAAACCUUACUGAACUACAACGGUUCGUCUUCGUCCAAGAGAGUUCGCCAGAGCUGCCGUUGGGCGGGAUUGUUAUGCAGCCUGUCGUCGCUUCGAGGAGUCUCGAAUACUUGCAUUGGGACAUCCUUGUCCCUGGCGUAGCCACUGAGCAUCUCGCAGCGUCAAUACUGGCAGGUGGAUUCCCGAAACUUCACACCAUCCGCUCGCCGAGCGACCAUCAUGGCGUACUGCAGUCGAUUUGCAAACCAAAGGCGCAGAUUAGUUUAGCUAGCGACAAGUACGUUAUUGCCCGCCAGCCGGAACUUGCGAGCGAGACUCGCUACUUGCGAAAUCUUUUUGUUGCACGAACGGCAGCCCAAGCACGGAUUGAGGAGGCGAGAACGCAGCCAGGCUUCAAAGUCGUUAUCGAGGAUGAAGGAGUUGUGCAAGACAUCUUUAUUAUGAAUGCAUUUGUUGGCACCGUCGGUUCUACGAUUACCUACUCAUUGAAACCUGAUAUACCUGGGAGCGAGUACGCUCUUAUUGACAUCCCGGAUCUUCUCGGUCCGACUAAAGAAGCACAGAUGAAGAUUACAUGCUCAGGAAAUUGGAAUGCGGCCCACCCACUCGGGAAAAGAUGGUGGCAGCACACCGACAGACCGAAAGCGCGAACAUUGGAUUUGCAAAAGUUUUUCUAA